UGAAACCGACCCGGGAUCGGAAUUCACCAACAAACCGCCGGGCGUUUGGAACGCAGCCCCCUUUUUGGUAAAAAGCGAGCCGACCUGUUGAGGCCGCCAGUGUCGAGAGCAGAGGGGAGAGAGUGCGUUUGCUUCUGGGUCACAUAUCCGCCUUCUGUAGGAGACUUUUUUCCUCGUCGAUAAAUACGCCGCGAGAGAGGUAAACAACCUCAAGCGAGAAGAUGUCAAAGAUCGGUGCUUUGCUGUUGAUGACACUUGUGUCCCUUGGGUUUGCGGAAGAACAAAACUUGGGAGAGGACCCAUUUACCUUUGACUACUACAGGCUGCGUGUUGGGGGCCUGAUUCUAGCUGCUGUCCUCUGUCUCAUUGGCAUCACCAUCCUGUUCAGUGGCCACUGCAGGUGCAAGUUCAACCAGGACAAGAGGAGGAGGACAGGAAGCAAUGCUCAGCAGAUGCUCUCCGAGCAAGGUCGAUCCGGCGAGUGCUAGAUGUCAAUCCAAACACACACACACACACUUCCCAAAACUGCAACCAACAAAUGAGAUGGAGGAGCAGCAGCAGCAGGGAUCGUUACAUCCUAGGAGAAGCAUUAUUUUUGUAUUGUUAAGCAACAGAAAGUAGUCUGUGUGAACCAUUGUGAUGCUUUCUGCCUGUUACUGGUCUUCAGUCUGCACCUUCACGCAUACACACUUUUCAGUUUUUGUUUAGAAUUUUAACACGCUUUGACCUGAAGAAACAAUAAUAUUGCGUCUUUUGAGAAUUUAUUCUGUAACUCGUUCUGUGUUGUUCACGGUUGAUUGAUCUGAAAGUAACUUUAUUCAAUAGUUAAAACAAAAAUGAUCACCAAAAAAUUCCUCAAAUAUCCUUCAAUGUCACGCAGUACUUGUGUUGCCUGUAUUGUGUGUGUGUGUAAGGUAAACAAUCGAUGUAGAUAACUGCGACCAUCCUAACCCUCUGUCCAUGCUUUCUCAAUGAAAUCCACAUAGUCAGUGGAGUGCUGUUGCUAGUUCAUGAUAAUCUGUUAAUUCCCAUGUUUCGCUUUGUGGAGGAAAGUAGUGGAUUACACUGUUCAGAGAUACAGGAAAACUGUAAUGUUUCUAUAAAAGAACUAUUGAAACCAACAA